UCUUCUUCUACACCCAAACAAACAAAAACCCUAAUGAAUCUAAUCUGUCAAACUCAAAACACAGCGCAGCUCUCACUCUCUCUCUCAUCUCAUCAGUCCCUCUCUCGUUUUUCAUCUGGACCGAUCAACCUCGCAAGAGAUCGACUUUCUCUCAUCGCAAGAUCGACUGAUCGACUCACUCUCUCAUCGCACCAAUCGAGUUCGUAAGAUCGAAUCUUUCUCCAGCAACUCGUAUAUUUGAUGAUGCAGUGGCAGCGGCUCAAAGAGCAGCACGGCUGGACUUAAGCAGCAAGGAAGUGAACAUGGUGGUUAAGAGGACACGGGCGGUGGCAAUGGCUCGGUCCAACGGUAACGAUUUGUUCAGGGGAUAAAGAUACUCAGAUGCUUGUGUUGCAUAUGGAGAGGGACUCGACCAUGACCCCUACAACUCGGUGUUGUUGUGCAACAGAGCCACUUGCAGGUCCAAACUUGGUCAAUUUGAGAAAGCAAUCAAGGACUGGACUGCUGCCCUUAAUGUGCGCCCAUCUUACAGGAAAGCCAGAUUAAGAAGAGUCAAUUGCUAUGCCAAGGUUAUGGCAAGCAAGACAAAGAUCUACAUUGUGCUCGAGUAUGUUGGCGAGGGUGAGCUUUUUGACAAAAUAGCCAAACUAGGAAGACUUAAAGAGGAUGAGGCUAGGAGAUAUUUUCAGCAGCUCAUUAAUGCCGUAGACUACUGCCACAGUAGAGGCAUGUACCAUAGAGACUUAAAGCCCGAGAAUCUGCUUCUAGACUCAUUUGGUGUUCUCAAGGUUUCAGACUUUGGAUUGAGUGCAUUUUCCCAGCAAGUGCAGGAAGACGUGCUGUUUCACACUGCCCGUGGAACCCCAAAUUAUGUUGCUCCUGAGGUGCUCACUGCUAAAGGUUAUGAUGGUACAGCAGCUGAUGUAUGGUCUUGUGGGUCAUUCUGUUUGUUCUUAUGGCUGGAUACUUACCUUUUGACAAGCCGAACCACAUGGCUUUGAAAGCAUUCAAGCACUUAAUUUUUUAAUAUAUGUAAUCACAGUUAAAUUUUUUUUAUUAAUUUCUUUGUAUAUACUUUUGAAAAUUUAACUUUCAUUUAUGAAAUAUAUGAUGUUAUUUCAUUCAA